CACAAGACGGAGACAGGAGAGUUUGAUCUGAGCCGGUAUGGAGCGUCUGGCCUGCACAGCGUGCUCGGUAAACCCAUUGCUGGAGUGAGACAGACGCAGGAAUUUCAGGUCACAAGGGCUCCUGUGGCGGAGCAGUCUCAGCUGGAUUGGACUGGACUGGUAUUUCCACCCUGUCUCUCCCUCAGGUUAUGGUCAGAGGUAUCCCAAGACCUGAGAGGAGGUAAACACUGGGGGGAGAGGAGCGUGCCGAAAAGUCUUCGGUAGAGGGAUUUCGGCGGACCACUUAAUCUGGGACAGCUGAGAGACGCUCGCAUUUAAACCCGCACGGGGUUGAGCUCUCCGGUGACCCCGUUUCCCAGCCAGCACCACUCCCCCUCGCCCCCCCCGCCCCCACCCCCCCCCUUACAAUGGGAUCUUCCUUGGAGUUCGUCUGUUGGCUGCUGGUGGCCGCUACCCUAGGAACCGACCACCUGACGGCCGGGGGGUGUUCGGGCAAAUGCUGUCGAGGCCGAGACCUGAGCUGCGUGACCACCGACUGGAAGAUGGACCGUGUGUACGGGCCAUGCUACUGCGACGAGGGCUGCGUCAGGACCAAGGACUGCUGCUUUGACUAUUUCACCGAGUGUCCAGCCCAGGACUGCGCUGUGAGUGAGUGGAGUUACUGGAGUGGUUGUACCAAGCCCUGCCGGCCCACGGUGAGGGUGCGCGUACGCCACAUAGAGCGGCAGCCAAAGAACAGCGGCCAGCCCUGCCCCAGGCUGGAGCAAAAGGCAGGCUGCAGGGAGUAUAGAGACCACCAGGGGGAUCACUGUGGGCUCAACACAGGUCCAGCAUUCAUCACCAGCAUUGAGUUUGGCAAGGGAAGGCCCAAGCACGACAGCUAUGGAAACCCCCUGGACCCUGGGUUCUGCGUAGAAUUCACUAUGGAGUCUCGAACAGGCCAAUGUACUGUGGAGAACCGUCCACACACGCUCUGGAUGCGGUACAUAACGGAGGGGUUCAAAGUGUGUGUGGCGUGCCGACCGCCUGCCAUGCAUAACAGUAGCAGCUGCCAAGGAGAUGGUCAAGAAUCAGACAAAGAAGCCGUGCUUCACUGGCAAGCGGUGGGAAGCCCUCGGUGCAGCGGGACGUGGAAGAAAGUCCAGAAAACCCAGCAGUGCAACUGUCCACGGCAACACAGCUUCCUCUUCAUCUGAGCUGCAGACAGCACCCUGAUCUGACUGGCGCACACAUCUUUGAUUUAUGAACAUAAAUUGAGCAGAGUACGCCGACGUGUCAGUGCUUAAGGGAGUGUACCCUCCGAGGCUCAGAAGGAACAUUUUGAGCAUGGGAACCCAGCCGUUGCAAAACAUCUGUUUGAUAUUAGAUAACAUCUCUAUCUAGGCAAGAUCAACUCAAUCGUCACAAUCAGUUUUUUUUCCAUUGCUCUACAGAAAGUGGCUGCAGUGUCAAAUUAAUGGUAUAAUUGGUAUCUGCACAACUCCUAUUCUAAUGCAGAAAACUAAGCAAAUUUGUUUAUACUCAAGAGUUGGAUUCAUUUUUUUUCAUAACAUGCUGCUUUUGAACUAUUCUUUAUU